CUGGAGACACUGGAACUACACAGGAACCCGCAGUUGAGCUCGCUGCCCUACGACGAGUUCGAGGCGCUGCCGAAUCUGACGAAGCUGCUGGUGGACCCGGAGGGCCGCAGAGGGUACCAGAUGGCGGGCGGCGAGGGCGACGUGACCUUGGAGGUCGCGGCGGGGGGCCGGACGACGUAUCAGGUGCGCCUGACGCACACGCCGGCCUACGUCGGGACGGCAAGCCUGCCGACGUUGACGGUGAGUUCGGACACGACCGGGGUGACCGCGACCCCGGCGACGCUGCGGUUCACCAAGGAGAACUGGUUCCGGCGCCAGACGGUGACGGUGAACGCCCCGGCAUCGGCGGCCGGCGAGACGGCGACGCUGAGCCACACGUCCACCGGGGUGACGUAUGACCGGCCGAUCCCGACGGUGACGGUGCGGGUGCUGGGGAGCGCCCCCGGCCGCACGGCCGAUCCGCUGACGGCGGCGUUCGAGGGGGUGCCGGCGCGGCACGACGGGGAGACCGCGUUCAGCUUCCGCAUCGCGUUCAGCGAGGCGGUCGCGGUGACGCCGGAGGCCAUGCGCACGCACGUCCUGACGGUGGAAGGCGGCGCGGUGACCGGCGCGGCCCGCGUCGACGGGGACACCGGCGUGUGGGCGAUCACGGUCACGCCGGCCACCCGCGAGGAGCUGUCGAUCGCUCUGGCCCCGGCGGCGGAUUGCGCGGCGGACGGCGCGGUCUGCACAUCGGACGGUCGAGCCCUGUCGAACGGGACGGCGGCCAUCGUGAUCGGCCCGGGUCCCGAGACCCAGACGCAGCCGGACCUGACGGCGGCGUUCGAGGGGGUGCCGGCGGCGCAUGACGGCGAGGCCGCGCCGGCGGCGCUGACGGCGAGUUUCGUGCAGGCGCCGGCGGAGCAUGGCGGGAAGACGGCGUUCAAACUCAGGAUCGCGUUCAGCGAGGACAUCUCGAUCAGCUACCGGACGUUCCGCGACCAGUCGUUUUCGUGUCCGGCGGGAGCGUGA